UAUUAUUAUUAACAUUGUCUUUAUUUUUUUUUAUUCUACACACUUUUAACAACUAAAUCCUACGAAAGAUAUCUUUUCUAUAUACACAUAGAUAUAUAUUUAUAUGUAUAAUUUGUAUUAACGUUAUAUAUUAUAUCUCUCACUCACUCUUACACUUAUACUAUUCCUAUAUUUUUUCUUUCUAUCUCUCCCUCUUUUUUACUCAUUCACACAUAUACUGUGAACCAAUCACAUUCAGUUGACUCGAUUGCUACUAUUAUGUAAGAAGGAGGGUAAUGUUAGCCCUUUAUCGUUUACCAUUCCGUCGUGUGUUUUUGAGUUAGUGACGAUAAUCAAAAUCAUCAUCAUCAUAAUCAUCAUAUUCAUCAUCAUCGUCAUCAUCAGGCGAGUUGACCCCCAUCAAUUAUUUCUUCAAAUAUUCUUCGUAUACUUCGUUAGAGUGUCAAGAAGAUCCAUUUGGAAUAAGGAAGCUGAGGAAGAUCUUUAUUUGGGAGAGUUUCUACCUCUUCUUCUCUAACAUACAUACAUACACAUACCUAUACACGUAUACACACCUACUAUUGUCACUCCUUAUCUACGGGACGAUAUGCGAAAAGACGAGUUUGACGCGAGACGAGAGCAACGACGACGAUCUAGCAGAUACCGUGAAUAAAAAUAAUUGAUUAACGUGUGAAUGCGGGGGGGAAGGGUCUGUGAGAUUAAUUGGGCCCGAGGAUACUCCUCCUUCGAUGGAUCGAAAAAUUCUUAUCCUCGCUCAUAUCCUAGGAAUCUGUUCUGGUCUGCGAGAAGUACGUGUCCAGAUACCGACAGCUGUCAGAAAAGGAGACACAGCAUUGCUGAAUUGUUGGUAUGAUAUAGAACAAGACCCGUUGUAUGCAGUCAAGUGGUACAAAGGGGGUCGAGAGUUUUAUCGUUAUGCACCGAAGGAGAACCCAGUCGUCAAGACUUUUCCCAAUGGGAACUUGACGGUAAAGAAAUCGGAAAGCAACGCCACACAGGUAGCAUUGACCAAUCUGGAAUUGGACGCUGCUGGAUUGUACAGUUGCGAGGUAUCAGCUGAUCAACCAUCAUUUCACACGGCUAUGAUUUCGGCCAUGAUGAAUGUCGUAGAAUUACCCUCUCAAAGGCCUUCGAUACACGGACUAAGGAGGAAAUACCGUAUAGACGAUAGACUUCGUUUGAACUGUACAUCCGGACGUAGCAAACCAGCGGCCAAUCUAACAUGGUACAUCAAUGAUCGACAGCCAAUUCCAUCCCACGUGAAAACGUAUAGUCCGUUGGAUACAAACGAGUCCGAAUGGCAGGUGUCCCAGAUCGGCCUUCAAUUUCUUGUGACGCACGACCACUUCAUGAACGGCAAGCUUAAAAUACGUUGCAGUGCAUCUAUAUAUGACAUUUAUUGGCAAAGCACGGAAGUAAGCGCCGAGGAAGAUCGUCCAAGAGUAAUACAUUAUGAACCAGCUGCAACUAUAGUUGGUAUCAAUUAUCUACAACCACCUCCUAAUUUUCAAACCGGCCAAAGGAAACCCGAUGGUCAAGUUGGUGUAAAAGUACUGGGUUCGUCAGGUACAACACUUGGAUCAUCCUCGAGCCUGCUGCGAAUACUUUUGGAAUUGUUCGUGUUUCUCCUAAUUGCCAUUCGUUAAUUGUAUGAUAUUAAAAACGCGUGCUUUCGAGCUAUAUAUAUAUAUAUAUAUAUAUAUAUAUACACCUA